ACUUUAUCCACUAAUUAUAAUUAAUUAAAAAAUUAAUAUAAAAGGUUGUUACUCACUCCAACUUUACCUUUCUCUCUCUUUAAGCUCUGAUAAGGUUUAUCCAUGGCGGUUUUCACUUUUCUCUGAAUAACAAUUUGAAGACUCUCUUAAAGAUCGAUCGAUUCAUUGAUCUGUUCAGCAUGGAAAGUAAUCGGAGGAGGAUUGAAUCGGAAACGGGAGAAGACGGAGCCGAAGACGGAGCGGAAGACGCGACUUGUUCUUAUUCUUCUUCUUCGUCUUCGUCUUCGAUCGGGAAGAAUAGCGAUGUGUGUACGGAAGUAGAAGAUGAUGAUGAUUCAGAGGCUCAGAGUUCGUACAAAGAACCACUGGAAAUGAUGGAGUCGUUAGAAGAUUCAUUACCUUCAAGGAAAGGAAUCUCGAGUUUCUACAAUGGAAAAUCGAAAUCGUAUACGAGUUUAAGAGACGCAAUCACAACAACAUCGUCAAUUUCAGACAUUGCUAAACCUGAAAACGCUUAUUCGAGAAGACGAAGGAAUCUUUUAGUAUUCAAUCAGAUUUGGGAGAAGAAUCGGAGUUACGGCGGAGGAAGGAUAUCGAAGAGACCGAUCAGUUUGAGUAAAAGCACUUUGGCUUUCGCUAUGGCUGCCAUGAGUAAUGGUGGUGGAAGCAGUAGUAGUAACAGUAGUUGUUGUAGUUCGGAGAACAGUGAUGAGUCUUCUCCGUCGCCGGCUCCGCCGUGUCUUCCGCCGUUACAUCCCCAAAGCAAGAAGAGAAGUGUGUUUUUGGGUUCUUCAAGGUCGUUUUCUUUGGCUGAUUUACGACAAUGAGAGUUUUUUCUUUGAGUAAAACGACACUAACAACAACUAAAACGACAACAUCUAUAUAUAUAUAUAUAUCUAAUCUCUGUUUUUGAAUUGAAGUUUUAUUUUAACUAUAUCUAUAUAUGUAUGUUUAUGUAUGUAUGUGUAUGUAUUAAUUAUUAAUUAAUCGAAGUUAAUCUUUUUUUUGG